AUGGAUGGAAAACGAAGAAUAAUCAAUCAACAGAAUUUUAGAGAAGAAUUAGAAUAUGAAAAGGCCUUAAAAGGGGAAAUUGGGCUAAAGUAUGAAGAGAUAUAUUUGUAA